UUGAGCCAGCUAAAGAAAGAGGGACGCAAGUGAGCAGACGCCGUCGUCCGAGGUGGAACUAUAUCCUGAGAACUAGCAACAACUCAACCUUCCAAAAGAUCACAAACAUGAGAGGCUCUUCCUAUUCCCAGAAGACCCUGACGGUCAGCGGAUCCAGCAGGACACGGGUUCAGAGCCCUUCCCCUUCACGGUGCCGGGGGUCCUCCUACACCCGUGGCCGGGCUGGCUUCCAGGGGCAAGCUGUGGAGGUGGGCACAGAGAUCCACAAGCACCAUGCUAACGAGAAGGAGGAGAUGCAGGAGCUGAACGUGCGAUUUGCCGGCUACAUCGAGAAGGUCCAGGCCCUGGAGCAGAGGAACGCAACCCUCAAAGCAGAACUAGAGGUCCUGCAGAACCGCUUCAAGGGUGGACCAUCUGGCCUUGGGGAGGAGUACGAGGCCAAGUUUAAAGAGAUGAAGGACCUGAUCGAGGCGCUGACUGCUGAAAAGGGCGCGGCUGAUAUUGAGAGGGGCUACCUUGAGGAGGAGGUGGAGGUGUGGAGGCUGAAGUUGGAGGAAGAGCUGGCGCUUAAAGAGGAGGCCGAGAUAAUCCUGCGUGAGUUCCGUCAGGAUGUGGACAAUGCCACACUGCAGAAAGCCGACCUGGAGAAGCGUGUUGAGCAGCUGGUGGCUGAAAUAGAGUUCCUCAAGAAGCUCCACGAUGAAGAAGUCGCUGACCUCCUCAAGCAAAUCGAGGAGUCCAAGGUGACCGUGGAGCUGGACUCUGAUAGACCCGACCUGGCUGCGUAUCUGCGCAAGAUGCGCAGCGAGAUUGAAGCCGUGGCCGCCCGCAACGUCCAAGAGGCCGAGAAGUGGUACAAGGGCAAGUUUGACACGCUGAAGGAGCACGCCAGCAAGCAUGAGACCCAGAUGCGGACCAUGAAAGAAGAGAUCACCUCCUACCAAAACCAGGUGACCGACCUGCAGAACCAAAUCGACGGGUUACGGGCACGGAACGCCGCCCUGGAGCAGCAGCUGGAUGACAUGGAGGUGGCACACCUAGACAAGGUGGCUGGAUUGGAAGCCAUUAUUGCCCAACUAGAGAGUCAGCUGUGCGAGACCAAAGUGGAGAUGGCCAAAUACAUGGCUGACUACCAGGAGCUGCUGCACAUUAAGCUGAAGCUAGAUGCGGAGAUCGCCACCUACAGGAAGCUGCUGGAAGGAGAGGAAAAGAGGCUCGGAAUUCCGGUCACCGAGACUGUGGCAGAGGCAAGAACCACAUCUGUGUCCAGCAGCGUGGAGACUCGUACAGCCACUGAAUGAAUCCCUCCUAAACCACCACCCUCAUCCCCAGACAUCCCUACCGCUCCUACACCCAUGUCCGGCUACGCUCUGGUUAACUAGGCCUUCUGGAAACACGAAACCAUCUCUAAAAAAUGCCCAAGCCAAAGUCUCCUGUAGCAUAUCUAAUGUGAACGACACCAAAUACUUCUUAAUAAAGCUUGACCCAAGUGCA